GGAGUGGGUAGCCUUUCCCUUCUCCAGGGGAUCUUCCCAACCCAGGGAUUGAACCCAGGUCUCCCGCAUUGCAGGCAGACUAUUUACUACCUGAGCCACAAGAGAAGCCCAAGAAUACGGGAGUGGACAGCCUAUCCCUUCUCCAGCAGAUCUUCCUGACCCAGGAAUCAAACCAGGAUCUCCUGCAUUGCAGGUGGAUUCUUUACCAACUGAGCUAUCAGAAAUGGACUCAGAAAUCAAGGAAGAAAUUCCUGUGCAUGAGGAAUUCAUUUUAUGUUGUGGAGUUGAAACCCAGGUUCUAAAGUGUGGGCCCUGGACUGACCUCAUUAAUAAUCAAAGAGGCACGAGGCCUAAGCUGCUUAUUUUCAUUAUUCCUGGUAACCCAGGUUUUUCUGCCUUUUAUGUGCCAUUUGCAAAGGCUUUGUAUUCUGCAACAAAAAGACGCUUUCCAGUUUGGAUUAUCAGUCAUGCUGGGCAUGUCUUAGCCCCCAGAGGCAAGAAGAUUCUUACAACCUCAGAAGAUCCAAAUGCUGAAGAAGUUAAGGACAUCUAUGGACUCCGUGGUCAAGUAGAACACAAAUUAGCUUUCCUGAGAACUCAAGUGCCAAAGGAAAUGAAGCUUGUGAUCAUUGGCCAUUCCAUAGGCUCCUAUUUUUCCCUUGAGAUUCUGAAGCACGCACCCGAGCUCCCAGUAAUUCGCUCCAUUCUGCUCUUUCCAACAAUUGAGCGAAUGUCUGAGUCACCCAAAGGCAGGUUUGCCACACCUCUUUUGUGCUGGCUUCGCUAUGCUCUCUAUGUUCCUUGCUACUUACUGCUUAAACCAUGGCCUGAGAAAAUCAAGUCCUUGGUGAUCAGAAUGGCCCUUCAAAUGAUGGACAUGCCGAGGGAAUUUUCGUGUCUAAAUACGUUGGAACCGUUCUGCCUUGUUAACGCUGCCUACCUUGGGAGCCAAGAAAUGAGGGAGGUAGUGAAGAGAGACAACGAAACCAUCAAAGAACAUUUAUCUAAGAACUUUGUAGUCAGUGCUGAACUGUGACAUCUGCUGGAUGCAGUGAAAUGAGCCCCACUGAGUGACCAGCUCUAACAGGGCCCAGGAACCUACAAUCUGCAAGUAAAAUCUUAGAUACUCUGCUAUGUUUAGAAUCUCUCCAUAAACUUUGAGACAUUUGACUUAAACUUGCCUACAGUUAAUUCAUAUUUCUAUAACCUCCCAAUAAAGUUAUCUUAAAGCAAGAAAUGUAUAUGUUCUUAAAAAAAUAUUUUUAGAAUAUUGAUCUAUCGUAGCUUCACCCAGAGAGGACUUUUGAAAGUGCCAGUCUGUUUGUCUUAUGACCACAGUGGUCAUCAUAUUUCUAAAAUAGCAGUUGGCUGAAGAGUGAAAUUUUGAAGACAGAGGAUACCCUCACUAGCUGAAUGGGGGAGGUUGGGGCCUCAUAGGGACCCUCUUUCCAGGGCUUGCAACUGUUUCCAGUCCCUGAUGUCUGUGAAAAUGCAAGAAAAACAGUAUUUUAUUUUUUAUUUAAAUUAUAAGUGAAUUUGUUUCAAAGCCUCAUUUAAGUUCACAAGGCUAGAAGUUCAUGAAAACAACUCAGUUCCCAGUUACGAAGAAGACUGGCAGAUGCUCAUUUCCGAAAUUGACACUUGCUGAAUGACUCGACCCGUCAUGUGUCAUAUUCUGUCUUACCACCUGUGGAAGCCAGCUGCUGCGAAGUACUCAUCAUUCCUGGAUUCUGUUUGUAUGUUGUGCUCAGAAAGAGGUCAAAGGAAGGUGCUAACUUAUUCCCGUCCUAAGUUAAAUCCAUAUGCAAGUGUAAUCAUUCCCAGAUAGAGGACCGCUCAUGGUAACGGUGUCAGGACUGUACUUUGCAGAAACUUUUGUGGGAGAAAUAUGGAGGUAUAAUGGUAGAUGGCAGGCAUUUCAAGGUUAAUGUUAACACACAGUCACAGGGCUAAACCUUUCCAGCUAGAAGGAAUGGUUUUAUUUUGUUUUUAAGAUAGCAUUGAAAAAAAGAAAAAAGAUAGCAUUGAAUGUAUUCAUGAAACUUUGGAAAGCAAGGCAUGUUUAGUUUAAUGAUGCAAAACUACCUGCAGUUAAUUGACUACCCUCUCUGCCAGCCACAUUUGAAUUCUCCCCCAGAAUAAUACAGUUCCAAUUGCUACGUGAAAUGAGGUAUAAAAAGACAGGAAGUUUAUUGCCAUUUUUUUGUUUCUGUAAUGAAAAAAAAAAAAAAAAAGGAAACAUGCUGUAAUUUAAUAUUGGUAACAAGUUGAGUCAACAUAUGUCCCAGUCUGCUUGAGAAAGUAAAGAAACGAAAGGGCACAUGGUUCUAGCAAAAUAGUGGGCAUUUCCCCAUGCCCUCCAAACAAUCCUGAUAAUUAGUCAGACUUGAAAAUCAGUUCCCAAGACUAGACAUAUCCCUAUUUUAUUUUUUUUUAAUGUUUAUUUAUUUAUUUGGCUGCAUCAGAUCUUAGUUACAACCCUUGGCAGGAUCUUUCAUUGCAACAUGUAGACUGUGUUAGUUAUGGCAUAUUGGCUUUAGCUACACCACAGCAUGUGGGAUCUUAGUUACCUGACCAAGGAUCGAACCUGCAUCCCCUGCAUUGCAAGAUGGAUUCUUAAGUACUGAACCACCAGGGAAGUCCCCAUAUCCCUGUUUUAGGUCAUUGUAGUCACAGAUACUCUGUCCCAUCUCAGCCCAAACAUAAGCAUUCAGAAACGUCUUUCCUGUUCAGGACUGCCCAUUUUGAGGAUGUUUUGAGCCACACGUUUUGUUGCAAAAAUCAUUCAAUUUUUAUCUGUUAUUCAACUUUUAAAACAGUUCUGGAAAAUCUAUCUUUGUGCCAUCCAGGCAGGAAGCCACAGUAAAAUUCGUCUAAAAACAGUCACUUUACUGCCUCAUGUGGAUGGCCUUUGGACUCUUUCUCCUCCUCUAGAGCACUGUCAUAAUCAGCAGGCUUUGGAUCUAAAUUCAAACUUUUUACCACUGCAUUUCCAUAUGAGGAGAUCUUUUUAAUCUUCUUGAAGCUAAUGGGCCUUUUUAACUCUGAAAAGUUUCCAGAGCUGACUGUCUUCCUUCUUUCCUAGGUCUGGAGACUUUCCCCCCAGAGUCAGCUGUGCUUCAGCACUACAUACGAUUGUUUCCUUUUCCGGAAGCAAAGAUAUCAGACUCAGUUGUCUCCCAAAGAGUAGAGCAGGGCCUGUGGCAUCACAGGUUGUGUUCUUCCCUCACCUGACUACAUUCUACCUGCCCUUUAGGACUUGUCUCCAUUGUCCUCUUUAAGAGGCCUUCCCCAGCCACGGGUUUUGGUUAGAAGUCCCUCCCCUCAGCACCCCUGGCUCCAUAUGUAGAGUUAUGAUAUCGCAUUUCUCACACGGCAUUUAAAUAAUCAGAUCCCACCCCCACCCUCUUUGAAGGUUUUUCUCAUCUUGGUGUCCGUGUGGCCUAGCACAGUGCGUCAUAUUUGAACAAUCAGUUAAUGUACACUAGACAGAUGGACAGGAAAGCUCUGAGAGUAUAGAUUCUAAGCCUUUUUUGUGCCAUGGAUCUCUCUGACUGUGUCAUGGAUGGACUCCUCAGAAUAAUAUUUUUUUAAGUGCAUGAAGUAUAUUUUUUACCACAAAAAGUUAUGUUGAAGUAUCACUAUCCAAAUACAUUAAAAGCAUAUUUGUGAUGUAUAUUAUGUGCAUCUUUACUAACAAAAUAAAUGAGAUAUACUAUCAGUCAGAAUUACUAUUGUAAAUUUGUAGUGACGUGCAUAAAAACUUUUAGUUUACCUACAACCAGUGUACUGUAAUGUGAAGAUUUCAGUAAUUUUAUAGAUGACAAACAAUAGAUAUUUCUAAUCCUUCUGAAAUCAUGGUUAGAGGUUAGCAAAAAAGGAUGCAUUCUUUUUCCUAUCCAAGUUCACAUUACCCUCUCCCUACAACCACUACUGCAUCCACCCAUGAACGUGUGUGGACCUGUGGACCCCAGGUGAAGAAGCUUUGCUAUGAGGCCCUGGAGAAGCUUAGGCAAUGUGGUAUUAACUCUGGCUUGGGCACUGGCCUGAGAAUAAGAAGCCAUGGUGUGCUACACUAAAGAGACUAUUUUGAGUUGUUGGGAAGUUAAAGGGUUUAAGAAGGAGGGUAAUAAUCAAGGUGAUGUUCAGGAGGUUUGACAACCAUAUCCCUUAACCACUGACCCAUCAGAACAUACGCCAUCUGUGAACAGUCAGUCAGUUCAGAGGUACCAGUUCAUAUCAGUUAGCCCAAGGAAUGUGGCUGGAUUAACCAGUGAGGGGAAUUAUUUGGAAAAAUGCGUAUCAGAAUGUUGGAAAAGAAUGAAAUUUGAGGUGGGAAAACCGUUUAGAAGACUUUUUCUAAGAACUAAGGCAAGGAAGUUGGGGGUAAAGAUAGGGGUAGAAUUUGGAAAGAUCCAGGAAGUAGAAUCAAAGACACUUAGCGCUCAUAGAUCAUGAAAGCAUGGCGAUGGAGUAAGAUUAUUUCUCUGCAUUUGGAUUUUGUAACUCGUUAGGGAAUAUGGGAGGAGAAGUGCCAGCAAGUUGCAGGAGCUGGUUGAGAAAGUAGUUCCUUCUAGUCCUUUUGUUUGAUAUACCUGUGGGAUACCCAGGGACACGUGUCUGGCAGGUAGCUGGAUAUAUGUGGAUAGGAAGCCUAGAAGAGGAAUCUGGGCUGAACUUUGAUUUGGGAAUGAUGAGGAUAUAUUUGGAGUCCUGAGCAUGGGUAAUAGUAACCCAAGGAAAUAUGUAGAAUGAGGAGAAAAGACAUAUAAAGGCUGAUCCUUGGGGAACACAGCUAAAAAACUGGGAGGAAAGAGAGGAGCUAAUGACUAAGACGGGAGUGGGGCGGGGGAGGUACGGGAAUGUGAGCCAGGAUGGAGUAAACCAAAGCAAGAGCAUCAACUGUACAUUUUCGCCACCCCAAUCCCAAUCCUUCUGGGAGCCCCCGGGGUAUGCUCUGCAUUAUGAGGCACCUGGCGUGUCUGAGGCAAACAGGAGGUCAGCGUUCCCUUGCUCUGUCAUUGUUCUCAACUACAAGGGGAUGUAUGUCUCUUCCACAGAAAAGUGAAUUAGUGUUUGGUUUACAAACUUGAAGUUUUCAUUUAAAACUCACUUAGGAGGGAAAUUCUAAACUGCCGUGACCAUCCUUGGCCUAGGCUCAUGGAAACAGCUGGUGUGUGCUACUGCCAGGCGGAAUUCAAGCAUCACUAUCAGUCAAUAGGGCUCUGAAAUCGUUCCCAGUGAGAGCACACGAGACGCUGCUUUCUGACCACAGUGGGCAGCGGUAAGAGGACUGCCUGCAAAUGGUGCUGCCCCUGCCCCCAGAGGGCCAGCCUGGGGCCACGGUGUGGUUGGGAAAGGGGCCGAGGGUCCUCAGGAACAGGGACCCGCCUCCGCUAUACUCGCCCCGUCCUGCUUAGCCCACCCGAGCCCAGAGGCGCAUGUUGCCUUUGGGAACGAACAAACCUCGCGACCGUUCUCUGCAGACCUGGGCAUGCAAAUCCUUCGGACAUGCCCAUGUCCCGCUUAGCUGAGCAUAGGACGCGCUCCCUGGACCCUGCUAACCAGGACUGCCUUUCCGCCAGCCUCAGCCUGAAACUGAUUGUGUUAGUUCUGCCUAUUCAAUCUGAAGCCUGUUCAGAAUACCAUAAUCAUCCUGGAUAAAUAGAUAGUCUGUUUGGGUCUCAGUCAUUUGGACCUGGAGCCCUCCAUCUGAAGCACUUUUGUGUCAGCACACCCUGGAGCUUUUCUGGUGGAGUUUUCUAGAGGAGCGUGAUCCAGAGGAGGAUGAGCAUAUGGGAAGCAGAGUCCUGAGAGUCACUACCUGAGGUCCACGCUCCAGCUCCACCGCUUGCUUGCUUAGGUGACCUUGGUUAAGUUACUAGACUUUACUGUGUCCCCUUUUUUUCAUCAACAAAAUGGUUUAAUAAUAGUAUCUAUUCUUAUACAGUUGUUCCAAACCUGUAAUACUACAUAUAAUUCAUAUAAAGACCUUGCAUAUACUAAGCAUUGAACAAAAGUUUAUUAUUAUUAUAAAGUUAGUCAUAUCCUAGGUAUACCUCUGAGUACUUUAAAAAGACUUUACCUAACUUGUUCUCUCCAUACCCACCCCCUUCAGGGCUUCCCUGGCAGCUCAGUUGGUAAGGAAUCCUCCUGCAAUGCAGGAGACCCCGGUUCAAUUCCUGGGUUGGGAAGGUCCGCCAGAGAAGGGAUAGGCUACCCACUCCAGUAUUCUUGGGCUUUCCUUGUGGCUCAGCUGAUAAGAAUCCACCUGCAAUGCAGGAGACCUGGGUUCAAUUCCUGGGUUGGGAAGAUCCCCUGGAGAAGGGAAAGGCUACCCACUCCAGUAUUCUGACCUGGAGAAUUCCAUGGACUGUGUAUAGUCCAUGGGGUCACAGAGAGUCAGACAUGACUGAGCAACUUUCACUUUCACCCAUCCCUUCAGAUGUUUUCAUUCUGUAUUGAAAGAUUUUCGUAAUACUAUACGUAGCCAGUCCCAUUCUGACCACUUCUUCCUAUAAGAUAAGGGAGAUGUUGUGUGGGAGCAGCAGUGAAGGAAAACACAGUAUUACUUAAUCCUUACCAGAACUUCCAGUCCCCUGGUGCCUUUAGAAUUCAGGUAAGCUGGCCUUGGCCGUUCCUCUAAGUUAGUUAAGCAAGACCCUUCUCAUCUGCCGGUUUCCUGAGGCAUAUAACCAGGGAGAAACAGACGCACAGGGAGAUAAGUUUGCUGCCGGUGCCACAUACUUUGUUGCUUCAUCAGAGGAAGCCUUGGGUCAGCUCCUCACUCCAGUCCCACGUAAGGAAGAGAUGGAACUAGGUAUCGAUGCCCCAGUGACUUCCACUUGGGAAUGAGCAGACUCUGGCCCUUUACACGUGAGUCGUGCAGAGACAAGAGAGCCCCACUUUGCAAGGUUUUCGAUGCAUGAUUUUUCCAGUUUCUUGGAGAGUGGCCCAGUCUGUAACCUGCUUGGACCUCCUCCAGUGCCUGCAGGGGGAGCAGGGCUCAGUGCUCCUGAAGGAUCGUGUGUUCCCCUCUGUCCUCGGCCACAUUUUUUAAUCUUCAGGGAUUUUAAUUCUCGUUUUUUUUUUUAAGAAUGAUAAUUGAUCGAGUUCUAGAUGAAGGAAAGAAAGGAAGCAAGGUAAAUUGGACAAUGAAUUUUCUAAACUCUCUCCCUUUCUUCAGCAAUUGUUCAGGUUCUUAAAAAUGGUUGCUCAGCCUCUUAUACAGAGUGAACUAAGUCAGAAAGAGGAAAACAAGGAUUGUGUAUUAAUGCAUAUAUAUAUAAAAUCUAAAAAAAUGGUACUGAUAAACCUAGUAGAGAAUAGACUUAC